AUGUGCGGCUUCUUGGGUAAGGGCUUCAUGGUGCCGUUCGCAGGUGUAGCGGUGGACAAUGGACGCGAUGGGGAUCGCGUCGCUGGGCGCGAAUUUGAGGUCGACGCAAGGUCUCUAUCCGGCUCCAGACUAGAGUGGCGUGCGUGUAUGGUAACAGAAGCCCCGCUCAAAGGCAUGGGGUCGUGGCUUGCAGCAGCGUCAAGAGAGCGGGACCGUCUUUUCUUGGAACGCGAGCGGGCAGACGCGCGCGAGAAAGACGCGGGUAUCCCGCUCCAUUGGUUCUAUAUCCAAGUCGACAGGGUGUGGAUGAGGGCAAUUGGCAUACUCUGGGUAAACGAAUCUCUGGUCCUCGGCCUCUUCCGUCUGUACACAGAACAGCCCCGUAUGAGCGCGUUUGUCAAAGAAGGCAGCGUUGUUCGGAACGUCAAGGCUGACCUGUUCGGACGAGAUGGAAUGGACGCGUUGCAACUUGCUCGUGGAGCAGAUGAAAGCGCGAAACUGCGUGCUGAACCACUUACAUCUUUGGACAACCUCACACGGGCAGCGUCAAUCAAACCUAAACUUCCCUCUGCUCGCUCGUGCUUUGCGUUCCGUGCAGAUGCGCGAACAAUGUGCGAGCGGGAAUCGAGCAGCGAGGUGGAAGGCGUGGAGGGUUCCGGGGACGACUCACUGGAAUGUAUGUCUACCUGGUCCGCAGGCAUUAUUGAGAUCACUGAUGUCGAUCUGUAG